UCUCUUGAAAGACUAUCAAUGCGCAUGCCCAUUAACGUCAUCUCCACCCGGAAGUACGCCUGCGCGCGGCAGCUGUGGAGGGAGUUUUAAUUUUUCUCAAAUUAGAUAUAUUUUCUGUUUUGAUUCUCGCAUAUUUCACCGCGAGGAGAUGUUUUUAUUUGGCGCAGCAGCUGACGUCCUAUUUUGGGAUUGAUUUGAUCGGAUUGAUGGAGAUGUCAGGAGAACCUCAUGUCCGGGUGGCUCCUGAACCUCUGAGGUUCGGACCGGUCCAGACCACAGAACUGGUUUGCCCUGAUCUGGACCUGUCAGUCACUCUCACCCCUGAACGACCAGCAGACAGACGGCGUCGACAGGUGCGUUUUAAUGUGAAUCCUCAGAGCAGCGGUCAUCCGGUGAUCCCAGAACCCAGAAAUAAUCAAGCCCGGAAACCUCAAAACAAAGACAAGCACGGUCAUGAAUCAGAUAAAGGGAGGGAUCAGGUAACAAGCGGAGUGUGUAAUGGGCAGGUGACAGAUGGGGCGGAGCUAAACACUACCCUGGCACUGAGGGCGGAGCUUCAGGAAGUGGCGGAGCAGGCUUUCGAUCCCGAGAAAGCCGUUAAAGAGAAAUUACAGAGUUCAACGCUCACAAAGAACCACAUCAGUGCUAAAGCAGCGGAGGGGCUGAACUUCCCUCGCUCUCAACACCUUUACCGGGCCUUAGUUAGCGUCAGCCUAUCACGUGAUCAGCUCAUCAGCCAGGCACUACAGGAUAGGCCAGCACUGGCCCCGCCCACCGCCAGCCAGACCAAUAAGUUCCCGUCUCCACCACUAGAGGCCCCUGAUUUACUGCCGUUCUACAGUCCUGACAAGCUGCUCAGAGAGACUCCGCUGUUGCCAGGCGACCACAUCCCUUGGCCCCGCCCACGGCCUGCACCUAGACCCGCCCACACAACCUUUCACCUACAUCAUCUGCACAAACUCUGGGAGUCAUGAACUGGGAAUCACACACUUUGUGUGUGUGUGUGUGAGAAAGAGAGAAUUUCUGCUUUGGUCUAUGAGUGUUUGUGUGUGUUUUUGUGUUGUAAGCUUUGUGUAUUAAUGUAUUUUUUUUAGCCUAAAGUGAAUUAAUAUAAUAGCAAUAAAUCUGGGAUUAUUUAAA